GAUUAUUUGAUGAGAUGUUGUUAAAUAUUCGAUCUUGUUGCUACCUCCUAAGCCCUUUUUUUUUGAAAAAAAAACCUGUUUUCGUGAUUUCCAGGCUUUGUCACUUGGCUUUGUGAGUGUUUCUGCAUGUCUUAUGUGGAUAAAGCCAUGUCUGGUCGAAGCCCAUCCCCAAAUAUAAAAAUUCCCGAAAUAACUUGCCCCAGUGGAGCCAUGUCUGUCACUUCUUCCAUUGAACCGACUCCCUUGCCAGCAGUACAAGGUGAGAAUUUACAUGGGCCUGUUGCCAUUCUUUGGGACAUCGAAAACUGUCCAGUUCCCAGCGAUGUUAGACCUGAAGAUGUUGCUGGCAACAUUCGUCUGGCAUUGAGAGCACACCCUUUGAUCAAAGGAGCUGUGACAAUGUUUUCCGCAUACGGGGACUUCAAUUCCUUUCCUCGUAGGCUAAGAGAGGGAUGCCAAAGGACUGGCGUUAAGCUUGUCGAUGUGCCAAAUGGUAGAAAAGAUGCUGCUGACAAGGCUAUUUUGGUUGAUAUGUUCCUAUUUGCCCUCGACAAUCGUCCACCUUCUUCAAUUAUGUUGAUCUCCGGGGAUGUGGAUUUCGCUCCUGCUUUGCAUAUACAGGGACAAUGUGGUUACAUGGUGAUCCUUGUCAUCCCUUCUAAAGUUUUUGUCUCAUCCGCUUUGUGCAGUGCUGGCAGGUACGUAUGGGACUGGUCGUGCAUUGCCCAUGGAGAAGGUUUUGUCUCUUCGAGAACUGGUUUAACGCGGGGAUCCGAGCUUUCCGGCUAUCUUAUGGGUAACAAUUUUGAUGACUGCCAUGAUGUUCAGAUUGAAGAAGAAGCCAUUGUUUAUAAAGGAAGUUACAAUUCCAGUAACACUCGGGAUCUGUCUGUGGUAUCCCAGACGUCCUCUGAAUACAAUAUUAAU